GUCGGGAGCCUUUUCAACACUAUGCUUCCGAUCUUCAAGUGCGGAUUUGUCUCAGGACUCCUCCUGCGUAUGGUCAGUUCGGCCCCUCCCCACGAGUAUGUAGUUUAUCCAAGGCUUCUUGACGAAAGAGGACUGGACGUUGAGAAGGUUCUGUAUAUUCAAGACGACGUAAUCAUUAGGCUGAAAAAGAAUUCAGUACUCGCCGAAAGGUUCAUAUUUAGCGAGACUGUUAAUGGGACAAGAGUGGACACAAUCAUGGACGGAAAGAAGCUGGAAGCAAACAUGUAUCACGACAGAGUUCGAAUGGCGUCGGUCAACGUAGAAGUUAAGAACGGCAUUGUUAAAGUGAGAGGAAUCCUAAGCAACACAUUGAGAAUCAGACCUCUGCAUAUCGAAGCUCGGUCAGAAGAGGGGCGUAUCCCGCAUAAAAUAUAUCAGGUUGAUCAUCGGGCCGACGAUAGCAAUACAUUCAAAGCUGAUCUAAACAAAAAUAGCAGUCAAAGCGUUUUUGCAGCGGAGCUAAGAAUUGUGGUCGAUUCUAAUCACCGUUCCCACUUCAGAAACAAAGAAGAAAUAAUUGAGUAUUUAGCAACAUGUAUGCAAAUGGUAAACAUUCGCUAUGAAGACACCAAAGAACCAAUGGUUCAAUUUUUACUGACUAAAGUUGAAGUAGACGACGCUUCGGUUCCCUAUAUUUUUUAUGGAAAGGACGUUGACUGUCCAACCUGCCCUAGUAAAUUUUACGCUAAAGCAGACCCCACGCUAGAAGGGACUAAACACAUUUAUGGACACAGCAAAGAGCAGGAUAUUACCGUUCUUGUCACAUCGCUAGACCUUGCGGACGAGAUAUACGGACAAAUAUCGAACAAGGUUAUGGGAAUGGCGGUACUUGGGGGCCUGUGCAGUAAGAAAGGACGCGUUGCAGUUGUGGAGGAUGUACCACACACUUACUCUAUGACUCAACUCAUAGCACAUGAGCUCGCACAUACGCUUGGGGCUACUCAUGACGGGGGUUACACUAAUCUGGGACCAGAUGGAAAUCCACUUAACAAUUGCAGCAAACAUGAUGGAUACAUCAUGGCGCCUUAUACUCUCGGAGGCAACAGAGGCCACUUCUCGAACUGCUCUAUUCGACAGAUUCGGGAAUUCGUCAACAAUUUAGAUGAAGACUGCAAGAAAGUGAAUUCAAAGAACAAACCUUACGAUGCACACACCAAAGUGCUCCCUGGGACCAAUAUGAGCUCAAUUGAUUAUUGCAAACUCAAACAUCCAAAUUUUUGUAACAUCACCGCAAAAGAGGAUCAAAUGAACAAAUGCAUAAUCGAAUGCUGCCCUGGUGGUAGGGUUAGGUGCUCUUAUUACAGAAAGUUACCGGAAAACCUCUGCAAAAUUGGAUGGGACAUGAACAAGGACCAAGGCUGCCCCUUCAAAUGCUGCUAUCGAGAGAAGUUCAAGUGUUUUACAGAAACCGCAAUAGAUGGAAUGUCGUGCGGGAACGAAAUGAUGUGUUUCAGGGGCAAGUGUAUUCCGCGUUGUGACCCUUUCAAGAAAAAGGAAACGUCAAGCGCGCCUGCAACCGAAGAAAUAUCAAUGAAGGCCCCAUGA